AUGGAGAGAGGAAAAUGCUUGAUGUCCAUGAAGCUUAGACCGGUGGUGACGAGGCCGUCUUCGGACACGGCUUUGUUUUGGCCGUUUGGGGAAGAAAGAGCGUUUACGACGGUUGAGGAGUACGGCGGUGGAGGUGGUUGCAUGUGGCCACCUAGGUCUUACUCGUGCAGCUUUUGCGGGAGAGAGUUCAAGUCGGCGCAAGCACUAGGCGGUCACAUGAACGUUCAUCGAAGAGACCGAGCUCGUCUCAAACAACAAUCAUUAUCAUCUUCAUCAAAUGACCAAGCCACGCCUCUUGAACAUGAUCAACAACAAGAAGUUCUUGAUGUAGGAUCAAAGGUUCUUGUCCAAGAAGAAUCAAGAAAGCCUAAUGGAACUAAGAGGGAGAUAAGUGAUGUUUGUAAUAAUAAUGUUCCUUUGAAAAGAUUUGAGCAUUACAAUGAUGAAGUCAAGACUGAUUUAUCGGUCGGUCUACUGAGCUCUGAUCAGUUCGAUACCCGGAAGAAGCAACUAAUCAACGGAUCAUCUACGUCGUGGAAGAGAGCAAAGACAGAUGUUUCAAGAUUGCCAAUGAUGUUAGAGUUGGUCAUUGGAGUCUCCAAGAUCAACGGUCAUCAUGAGGAGUUGGAUCUUGAGCUAAGGCUAGGAGCUGAUCCGCCAAAGGUUAACUAG